CCCCACUUCUUUUCGUAACUCUUAACUCUGCAGUUAAACACCUGCCGCAUUCACCUGUGUGAUUCCUCCUCAGCGACACUGUCAAGCGAUACUGAGACAUAGUCCAGAGCUCAGCCGGUCCAUGCCCCUCAGCACAGGCUAUGAUUUAUGGUUGUAAAAAAUUUACACUCCAGCCUUCUCUUCUUGAGGACUAUUUACAGCAGCUCAUUUUUUGAACAAUGCCAAGCAACCUAAUAAAACUGAGCUCCUCAGAAAUGGAACCUGACUUCCACAGCCGCAAGUUCAGUGACUCUGAAAGAAGCGGAAGUUUCAAUAGUCAGGGAAGUCGGCGUUCCAGGUCUCGAAGUUCUAACUUGGAUGACGAGAACCUCAAAUAUUUAACCAGUGAAGAGAAGAAUGCCCUCCUAUUUUUUGAGGAGACCUUGGAUGCCUUUGAGGAUGAUAUAGAAGAGACACCAGUUUCCCAAGAUGAUAAUUUUGGAUACUACUCUUUAAUAUCAACAGAUGGAAGUCACUCAGAAAAUGAGGAGAUCAUAGACCUAGUUCAGGCUGAAGAAAAUCUAGAACUGCACACUCUGCCAAAUUCAAAAGAUAUACAGGAAUGUAAAGAUGGAAAGCAGACACAGAUGAACACAAGUGUUCCAGUGACUCUAAUUCAUACAUCUUCACCUGUUACUACAACAGUGGCUACUACAACAAUGGCUUCUCCCAAGGAAAAGGAAAUAUUAUCUCCGGAAUUUCCCAUAGAGCACAAAAAACUUCUUGGUGCCAUCCCAACUCCUGUUGUAAUAGCUAAAAAGAUUUCAGAGAGGAAUGCAGACAAUUUAAAUCCCUCACAAUUGUCACCAAGUGAAGGAAAGCAAACUGAAUUAAAAAAGAGUGUGGGAACAUCACCUAUUGGUGAAGGAAAUUUCAUCUUUACUGGCCCACCAAACUCUAGACCCCAUAAUUUCCCAAACAACAUAAGUGUCAAACAAGUUGGAAAGCAAUAUAACAAAACAAUUGCCAAGGCAGCUGUCAAUGUACAAGAGCGAAAGGCUAAAGUGUUGGCCAACAUUAAUGGACAAUCUUUGCUUGAUGAUGAAACAGACAGCAGAGUCAACUAUGAACAGCUAAGCAGGAAGACUUCAUUUCGGGAUGUGACAGCAGAACAAGCUAGAUAUGAGGCCCUGACUAAAUUAGGCCUAGUUAAAGAUACAACAGUUCAGGCUGGAAUCCAAACAGUUGGUUUACCUACAUCUCCAGUCUCAAAUGCUCCUAUGUCUCCUAAAUUCUUACAACAAGACUCUCACAAGAGAUAUUCAUAUGAAUCCCAGUAUGUCAGCAAUAGCAUAAAGAAUGAGCCUCUUGCCUUUGCACAUAGUAAGAGCUUACCUCGUGAAUCUCCCAAAAGAUAUGUUAAUGAAAAUCAAAAUAUCAGUAGUGUAAAGAGUGAACCUAGUCCACUUGAACUUUCCAAAAGCUUGCCACAUGAGUAUACAAGAUUAUCCAUUCAAAAAUCAAACACCAGCAAUAUCAUAAAAAUUGAUCCUAGUGUCCCUACAUCACCCAAGAGCUUACCAUAUGAAUAUCCAAGGAGAUAUUCCAAUGAGAAUCAGAAUAUUGGUAGUAACUUAAAAAGUGGGCCAACAUCUCCUACGAAUUUAGCUUCUAACAUUCCCAGAACAUAUUCAAAUGAAAACCAAAGUAGCAGUUUACAGCAUGAAGUGCCCAGAAGAUAUUCAAAUGAUAAUCAAAACAGCGGUAGUAUAAAGAGUGGGUCUAAUACACAUAUACCACAUGAAACUCCCAGAAGAUAUUCAAAUGAAAAUAACAGAAACGUUUCCAAUGACAAUAAAAGUAUCAGUAAUAUUUUAAAGAGUGAGCCAAGUCCCUUUGUACCCUUAGGGAAAACUGUUAUUUUUAAAGGUGAAGCAUCUCCAGAAAAGAACAUACAACCUAUUGCUCCUCAUGACAAUAACGAGCAGAAAAAAUCAAUCCCUCACCAGGACAUUAGAAGAACUUACUCUAUGCCAAGACCUACUGGGUUCAGGCCUCAGGGUAUUACAGUGCAGUUUUCGGGACGUGAUGCAUCUGAAGAGACACGAAAGGAUGCUCUACGUAAACUUGGACUCCUAAAGGAGAAGUCAUUCUGAAACUGUGAAGCAUAUUUUCAACAUUGCAGGACACUCUCCAGAAAAUCUGUGAGUUUAGUUUGAGUGUUACAUUUGCUAGGAUUACUUAGGGUAUAAGUAUGUUUCAUUCCUUGCUAUUCAUUUCUAAGGAUGAGUUUCACAAUAACAAAACAUCAAAAUCAAAGGCAAUGGCUGAGAAUUUUGCAUAGUAUUGGAGUGCAUAAGGCCACAGCUGUAUUUUUGGAUUAGUGUUUUUUUACUUAAUGACAGCAAAAAUAUGACAAAAGUGUGCAAGAUGCACUGCAUCACAUUGAAAUGUAUGUGUAUAUUGGGGACCUUCCAUCUGACUCAUUACUUCCAAAUCAAAAUGUAAUCAAUGCAAUAUAUAUUUAGGGAUUGAAUUAUCAACAUUUGAAUUUUGCCACAAUUCAAAUUUUCUUACACAAAAACUCACAAAUUUGAAUUAUAUUUUCAAAAUGUGAAUCUUUGGUAUUUACUAAGCACCAAUGACUCGAAAGUAAAACUUCAGCAUGUAAAAGCUUGUGAGUUCAUGUGGAAGAGAAUAGGAGUUGUCCUAGGCAAAAUUCAAACUAUUUUUUAAUUUGA